AGAGAAGUCACGACCGAACGUCGAGGGAGCGUGCAACAUGCCGUCAUGGGCCAAGGUUCAUCGCAGAAGAUGCUCGAAAGGUGGCAAGCAGCCCUCAUCUACAUUACGAAUCAAGUUGGAAUCGGGAUCGCCAGCUUGCCUGUGGCCAUGUAGACUUUGGGUCUGAUUUCUGGGCCGAUUGCAUCUAUCGGCAUGGGCAUCCUCGUCACGUAUACUGCGUACGAUCUGGGGCAGUUCUACCUAAAAUACCCCGCCAUGCUCAAUUGCGUCCACUGCUUCUUCAUCAUGGGGGGAAAUACCUCGCGGUUUUCGAUGGAGCGUCGUUCGUCACUAAUUUGAUUCUGACAUGCACUUCCACGGCCUUGACAAUGUCGAUUGCGUUGAACAGCAUGUCACGAAGGUAGCUUGGUAUCGACGUGUAAGUGUCGCAGCAGUGAGUCGGGAUUUAGCAUGGUCGAGCGGUGUUUGGUUUUCGUUUGCGCACACACCAAUC